GACUGUCUCUACUAACUCCAGUGUGGUGCAGGGUCAGUAAAAGGAAACCGUGUGUUUGAUUGUGCUGGACUAACUGUCUGUCUGACCUCUGACCCCAGAGAAACCAUUCCAACCCUAACCGUUUGUUGCCCAUUUACCCACCUGACUUCUGUGCAUGAGUUGGCAGCGAUUUUUGAGUGCCUGAAGGGAUCUGCAUAUCGCUGCAUACUCUCUGCUGUUUGUUUAUUUUUGAGUGUUCUGAAAGAGGAAAAUGGUUAAUCAAGUCCCUUAGCAGCAGCCACAGGUGGAAGUAGUAAUGAAGGUAGAGGGUGAGCAGCCUGCUACCUCCACUCCUACUACUCCUUUGACUGCUACUCAGCGAAGGAAGAAGGAGAUUCAGGAAAGAUUGCAGCAGGAACAGGCCCUGCUUGAAGAGUUGGAGAGACAGGAGGCAGCCAAGCUAGAGGCUGCAACAGAUGCUUCGCGAAAGGAGUAUCUGUUGGAGCAGCUAGACAAGGUUGUGUAUGAUGAACGUUGUGCACAGGUGACAAGGAAUCUGACGGAAUGGGCCAUUAUGGAAAACAAAACCACCAGUUCCUAUUUCACUAACUGGGAUGACCGCAUAGGUCGUCUGGAGCACAGGGUGGAUGACCUGGCAGCUCAACAGUCUAAGAUCCCGACAGCAAUCCAAGAUCUGACUGCUCAGCUGACAGCAGCCAAACUGAUCACUCCCCUGUCUCCUGUCCUCUCAGCAAAACCCAAGCCUUCUCCUUCUCUUCCUUCAACUUCCUCCGGAUCACGUCAUUCUUCCCCUUCACCACCUCCUUCCCAAAAAGCCACAACCCAGCCAUCUUAUGCAUUUGUUGUUGCAGGAGACCAGAGAGGUCCCAAGAUCCCAGUUCCCAACAAGUUCAGAGGGGAUGACCCAAAGACUGAUGUUGGGGACUGGGCUACUGGGACCAAAGCCUACUUGAGGGGCUUUGUCUGUGCAGAGCAGACUAAGGUGGCCACGAUUAUGGGACUGCUGGAGGGACCCGCUUUAAAGUGGGCCACUUCAACUUCCAGCAGUCUGCAGCAGUCCAUGGAGGACUGGGCUUUUGGGCUGGGGGUGGACAGACUUUUGCAGGCCCUAGAGGACCGCUUUGCAGACAAGGAGCAAGCCCGCAAAGCUACUGACAAGAUUGCUCGCUUGGGGCAGCAGCGCUACAGCGGUACCCUGCAGUCCUUGUUUGCAGAGUUCGAGCAACUUACCUCUACCCCUGGGUUGGUCAUGUCCACUGAUGAUCUGCUGACCAACUUCUGCAGGGCUGUGUCUGAGAAGUUUGUUGUGGCCUUGUAUAGCGCUGGGCACAAGGACCGGAGAUCCUUUGGCCGCGCAGCCCUGGACAUGGAGGCAAAACUUCAUGUCCAAGCCCCCUCCUCUGACAAGAGGAAAGGUGCCUUCCCUUGUGGUGAUAGAAAGGGAAAGGCAGCCUUUACACAUGGAGGAUCUGCGUCAGCUUCUUAUUCAGAUUCCCAGGCUGAUACACCAUCAGCUGGGACUGGACCAGCUGCUGAAACCGAUGUCGCAGCGGCCCUGACUCAGGCUGUUUUGGGAUUCCUGCAGCAGCAGAAGAGAUUCUCUCCCACCACAGCCUCAGCCAGUGCAAAGGGGAAGGACAGGGGACGUUGGUCUUCCUCCUCCCAGCGCCCUAAUUUACCCAAAGACGUCCAUAUGCCAACUGACCCACUCAAUCCCUCCACUCUCCCCUAGCAUGACCUCAAGAUCCAGGAGGGAGUGUGGAGAAGAAGAAAGGAACGAGGGGUCUGCCUGCGAUGUGAGGGCCAGACUUUUUAAAGG